AUAAAUACAAAAAAAAAACACUCAGCAAUCACAUUAAAAGUAAUCAAUCAGUCGGUUUCGUGUCAUCAAUGUCGUCAUACUUCUAAUAAUAUUUGUAAAAAUAUUCCUUGGUCCACGUUUUGCCUUUUGCCCUAUACCCCCAACCCUGCCUGACGUUUCCAUUGACAAGUGACAACUGACAAUACGUCAACAACAUAACCCCCAAUCCGACGCUUUUCACCCUCGAAAAUGAUGAAACAACGACAAAAAUCGAAGUCCGACGCCAGCUACAAAAAAUUCGGCAAACACAGUGACAGCGAAGACGAGAACGAGCUCUCCACACUCCGCCCGUCCCCUAAGAAAGAACGGGCCACCGUGGAGAAGACCGUCGAGGAGGGGGACACGCUGCAGUCCCUCGCCAUCCGCUACUGCUGCACUAUCGAGGACUUGAAGCGCCUCAACAACAUCCACAAAGAGAACGAGAUUUUCGCCAAACGGACGAUCAAAGUGCCGCAUCACCCCAUUUCUCAGGCGCUGGCGGGCGUGCACGUCAGCGGCCGCAGCUCGCCGAGUUUCGCGUCGACGAGUAGCCAAGUGGAUACCGAUAGACUGACUAGUAGUUUAAAAGAAACUGAAGUGAAUCAGAUUAUUUUUAAUAGUAAUUUAUCGCAGAAAGGCGCGGCGGUGGAAGAGGAGGAGGACGACGACGACGACGAAGAGGUGCAUUUGCUGCCUCACAGCGACAUGACUGAACCUAUUGCGUCUAGGUUAAAUUGUAGCGGAGUCGAUGGCGAUAUUUCGCUUAAAGCUCUCAUUCUGUGUAUAGUGAUUCUCAUUUUCGCCGUGCCCAUUGUCUACGUGUUUUACGUGGCGGAGCACCCGGAACAGUAUCACCACGCGCCCUCAUGACGGCUUAACGAUCUGCUUGUGGUAAGCAGUUGUCUCUCAAAGUAUUAAAUUUGUACUCGCUUUAAUUUUAACAAGUUUUAAUCAGUGUAUUGUUGAAAAUGUAAAUUUUAUGCGGCAGUUGUAAUAAAACUAAGUUUUACUUUAA